AUCGAGACUCACAACAUCAUUGGCUACAACAUAUAGUGUUGUUUGUACAUGAUUAAACACUAGUGUAGUGUUCGAUUCAUAUUUACAUUACAUUAAACGUUGAGAUUAUUCUGCUACUCAUAUUGAGUAAAUAAAUAACAAUGUAUAAUGUAUAACAAUACGAUUUUUUUUAAAUAACAGAGAAUUGUAAUAUGCGACAUAUACUUGUCAGCCGUGUUUGGGCGGAUGUUUCCAAACGCUAGCUGGCUAUCGCUGUCAUGGAUCAAACGCCAUAUUAUGUCUACAUGUUUUGUUUUUUAAAACGCAAUUUUUAGGAUUUAGUGGUAAACUAUGUUUGAAUGGUAUGCUACCGGCUUCCGUACGCAAACGGCUACGGUGUGACGCAGCUACCUUAACGGGCAGAUCAGUUCGACUGUCAAGAUGGCGACAUCGGAACCGAAAGCCCCCGAAACUGAAGAGCCGCAACCUGACAGCCAAGUCGCAAACCAAGAACAGUACAUCAAACACCCCUUGCAAAACAAAUGGGCCCUGUGGUAUUUCAAAAAUGACAAAAGCAAAAGCUGGACAGAGAACUUGCGUCUCAUUUCCAAAUUUGACACAGUGGAAGACUUCUGGGCAUUAUACAACCACAUACAGCAGCCCAGCAAGCUCCCCGUAGGUUGCGAUUAUUGCUUGUUCAAGGACGGCAUCAAGCCCAUGUGGGAGGACACCCGCAACAAACUUGGGGGACGGUGGCUGAUGACGCUCAACAGAGUGCAGCGGCACAACGACCUCGAUCGCUACUGGAUGGAAACGCUCCUGUGUUUGGUGGGCGAGUCAUUCGACGAGGCCAGCGACGACGUGUGCGGCGCCGUAGUCAACGUCAGGCACAAAGCUGACAAAAUCGCCAUCUGGACCAGCAACUGCCAAAACAGGGACGCCAUCAUGACGAUAGGGCAAACUUAUAAGGACAUUCUGAGCAUCCCCAGCAAAGCCAUGCUGGGCUACCAGUCGCACGAUGACACGUCCAGCAAGAGCGGCUCCACCACCAAGAACAUGUACUCCGUUUGAAAGGAUGACACCUUAGAGUUUAACAGCGGUUACAAGCCUAAAUCAUCAUGUUAACAUUUUGGAGUCAACUACUGUAGUGUUGUUUCCUUUCAUCCAGAAGAUAAACAAACAUUUCAGCGCAUUACAGUUUGCAAGAAGAAGAGAACGUAUGCAAGGGGAAGCAGUGAAGGGCAGUUUUUUUCUCACCACGGGGCAUGUGACACGCCAUCAUAAACAAUAACUGAAAAGUCGAUUCGAUUGGUAAACUGUGGCCACGCUCCCCAGUGGUUUUCAUUUUUAAGGCCACUUGUUGUUUCAGCCAUGCUGGAAUUGUGAAUUAUUGCUUGUAGUAUUUUAAAACAAUUUUUUUUGUUUUGUGUUUCCCCCUUUUGCCCUCUUUACAUUUAUUUAUAAUGUAUAUGCCUUGCAGUUGAUGAACUUUUUUUGGAUGGUUGAUAAUGUGGACUACUGCAUUCUAGAUGACAUUUUUUUACAGUAAAGAUAAUGACGCAACCCUUUGUUUGUGUUUUGUAGACAACUAUUUUAGGUGUCUGUCGCAGCGAGUUAAAAUGUAUUACCUACACUUAAUUUUAUGAAGUGUUUCCAAGAUUAAGAAUUUUUUCAGUCAACAGCAACAUUUUAUAGGAAAACUAUAAACAGUUUUAAUUUAAAAUGCAAAAAUAUACAUUUAUAUUGUAGAUAUUUUUUCAAGUAAAGAUAAACUAAAUAUUUACAUUAAUAUAUAUUUUUUUAAUUGUUAGAAAUAUGAAAUUGAUGCUCAUCAUUUACUUUUGCAGACGACACAAAAAUAAUAGGGUGGGUCGGAUCUGGCCUUCGGGCCGCCAGUUGGACACUAUUGCGUUAAAGCAUUGCAUGGUGGACACUAGGAUUAAUAUACUUUUUUAAAAAUUUUGAGGAAUACUUUGCAAUGAGUUAUUUCACUAUAGUAGACUCCAAUUAACAAGGAAAAUGCAAAAAUAUCCUUCAUUACAAUCAUUUACUCUAUGACAAAUUUCCGGAUGACUUGUGGUCGUGCAAAAAUAACUGCGUAUCGAUACUUUUGCCAACCUUGUCGGAUAUAAAAAGACAAUAGUUUUCCUCUUCACCUCGACAAAGCCUGCGUGUGGUCAUUUUUGAAACGGCUCUUUGGUUUUACUCCAUCUACGUCCACCUUGACGGCAGCGUGGCAACGGCGAGGGUUGCCAGGCAACCAUGCAUUUCCGGUCCACUCCAAUGAGCAACUAGCAAACAGUGGCCCCACCUACCCCUCCAUCCCAGUGAGGAGGCGGUCCCGAGAAGGAGAAGAAGAAGAAGGAGGAGGAGGGGAAGGCUGGGGUCCCCUCCCCUAAUUCUGCCUGAUGCACAUACAUCCACUCACUUCUUUCACGCACUCCACUCCACGAGGGGAAAGGAGCCGACACGCCGGCGUCUGCAGGUGUCCCGCCCUCGCGGAUGCUACAAAACGUGCGUGUUAUGGAGCAGAGCCAAAAUGGAAGGAGGCAAGGCUAAGUUCACCUAGCAAAGCCAGUCAGCGGGCGUCGUCAUUAAAUGUGUCCUUGCGCCGGGGUCAAUGGUGAAAGGCUGACAUCUGACCCCGGAGGAUACGGCUCAACAAAGGCCGGCCAGGCACGUGCCUCGGCCUCGUCACCAUUAUAACAAAGGACCUCCGGGCGGCGGGGAGGGAAGGGGGGCGCGGUUUAUCGGCGCUCGCCAUCCCCUCAUUGUGAUCGGCGUUAACCAUCUGCCGACCGAUCGACUCCGGAAAAGUACGAUGUGCCCACGCCGUUUCAGUGGUCAACUGGGUAAUCUCUGCAGGCAACUGUGAAGGUGCUUUUUAUUCUCACAAUCACCUGGAGAGAUUCCGCAGUUUGUCUCGCCAAGUCGCCCUCCAAAGGAUGAUUCGCAAACUUAUUUUCAUAGUCGAUGAAUCGCCACUUAUUUUUGCGACGAAUCAAUUUAGAGCUCAUUGAUCACUUAUUCAAGAUGAAAUUACUCUGAGCCCUAAACGUGCACAUGAACCAAAACGUAAGCACUGAGAAAAGUUACUUUACUCUGUAACUAUUGUUUUCAAAGCAGAUGUACAAUAUAAAUACAAUAUUGACUGUUGUCAAAGCAGAUGUACAAUAUAAAUACAAUAUUGACUGUUUUCAAAUAUAUUUUUAAAAAUUGGA